CUCUCUCUUCCCCAAUGAACGUGUGGCUGUGGCGUGUUUUCCCCUCGCGUCGUUAAAGUUUUGCAGCGGCCACAGUUUGAAUGUUUCGCAGCGGACUCAACUCCCAGCGACAGAAACCACGCCGCGGUGUUACGGACUGAGUUCCCCGGAGCUGGAGCUCGUCUCGGGGGGCUUGUGUCGGCGCUGCUGGCCGGUGGGAAGGUGCUCGCUGACCCGCUAACAACCGGAGUUGCUCCCACGUUUACAGGCGCGGAGCAGCGUGCGCUUCUCUUUGUCGGAUCUGUUGUUCGUGUUCAGUUUUGUGUUGACGCACCUUCUGCGGCGCUUUCCUUACGGUAGCGUGCGUGUGCGCGGUGGGAGUCGAAACCACCAAGCGCGUCGAUUUCAGUGAGAAAACAGUUGUUCCUCCUCUCAGGGUGGUAACAGGCCAUUUUGAAUGACGGUUUAGUGGGGUCGCACCCAAACAAACACACACACGCAUUGCGUUAGCGCAACAUGCCCAUUAGGCGGUUUGGGGGUCACAGGUCUCUGGUCUCUCAAACCCCUAAGCUGUCGUAUGGUUUCGCCAAGAUGAACGUGUCAAGAAGUGGAUACCGUGUUUUCUCUGCUAACUCCAGCCCCGCCUGCACAGAGCUGGCCAAGAAGAUCACAGAACGCUUGGGUGUGGAAUUGGGCAAGUCUGUGGUUUAUCAAGAGUCAAAUACAGAGACUAGAGUUGAUGUGAAAGAGUCUGUACGUGGACAAGACAUCUUUAUCAUUCAGACCAUUCCCAGAGAUGUCAACACGGCCAUCAUGGAGCUGCUGGUCAUGGCUUACGCCCUGAAGACGUCCUGUGCCAAGAACAUCAUCGGGGUCCUCCCCUACUUUCCUUACAGCAAGCAGUGCAAGAUGAGGAAGAGAGGAUCCAUCGUCUGCAAGCUGCUCACAUCCAUGUUGGCUAAAGCUGGGCUAACUCACAUCAUCACCAUGGACCUCCACCAGAAAGAAAUCCAGGGCUUCUUCAGUUUCCCUGUUGACAACCUAAGAGCUUCACCUUUCCUCAUCCAGUACAUCCAGGAAGAGAUCCCAGACUACAGAAAUGCCAUAAUUGUUGCUAAAUCCCCUUCAGCUGCCAAGAGAGCUCAGUCCUACGCUGAGAGGCUGCGUCUUGGCCUGGCUGUGAUGCACGGGGAGGCCCAUCACUCAGAGUCGGACAUGGCCGACGGUCGACACUCUCCCCCCUUGUCCCGCACCACUACUGGACACACUGGCCUAGAGCUACCAUCAAGCAGCAGACAUCAUGUCCCAUUUCCUGGGAUAGAGCUCCCAAUGAUGAUGGCUAAAGAGAAGCCGCCAAUCACUGUCGUUGGAGAUGUAGGAGGACGAAUCGCCAUCAUUGUUGAUGACAUUAUCGAUGAUGUGGAGGACUUUGUGGCAGCAGCAGAGAUCCUGAAGGAGAGGGGAGCCUACAAGAUCUACAUCAUGGCCACACACGGCCUCCUGUCUGCAGAUGCGCCACGACUCAUAGAGGAGUCUGCAAUUGAUGAGGUGGUGGUGACCAACACUGUUCCUCAUGAGGUUCAGAAGCUGCAGUGUCCAAAAAUCAAAACCGUGGAUGUCAGUAUGAUCCUAGCCGAGGCCAUCCGCCGCAUCCACAACGGAGAGUCCAUGGCUUAUCUGUUCCGCAACAUCGCUGUGGACGACUGAGGCAACACGCACACACACACAUUUACAUUCCUGUACUCACCAAAAAAAACACAUUACCAAGCACACACACACACACACACACCGAGGACCAAGUAUCCCCUCUCUGUUUUAAACGGUUGUUGUGCUUGUUUUGGUGAUAAACAUGCCGACAGGAUUUGUCUGUAUUUACUGCAUGUUACAUAUGAAGCAACUGAAACGCUGUUUCCUCUGAUGUGUCACAUAGUGGAACUGUACCAACAAUACACACUGUUUCACUUCACUAAUAUAUGCUUCCCACCAUCUGCAAGCACAUAAUGUAUCAUGGCAAAUAAAACUAUUCUUGGGUGAGAAA